ACAUGAGCACGCGCAGGAGGAGCGCUGUAAUAAACACGAUUAUUUACUUUUUGGUGAAGCGCGGUGUGGAUACGAUGAACGUGUGACCCUGAGAUCUCUCUGCUCCCCGGUGAUCCGAGCCUUUCAAGCUGCCUCUAACCUAUCCAUGGAUUUAAAGGAGUCGGGAAGCGUCGUUUUAACCGCGUACCAUUCAUUCACUGCCUCAAGGAUACAUUUGGUGGAUGAGCGCUAUGAGCCGUUCACCUCCACACAGUCUUCCUCCAGCAGGAAAGCACAGCAUCGGGGGUUUGCGAGGAUGAAUCCUUCGGCAGGAGCGAUGCCUCCCUCUCCUCCUGAUCGCUCCAUAUCCCAAGACUCCCAGGAUUCCAUGGAGGAUUACUGGAGUGAGAUGAGGAACAUCGAGGAGGACUGCCAAGGAGGCCAAGAAGAGAUAAUGGAGAAGGGCAGCAUCGAUGAAGCGGAACUGGAGGAAGCAUGGCUUCAUGAAGCUGGUCUCUCCCCGUUGGUGUCCGGAGCUCUCGUUGACAGUCCUGCUGAGGCUCUCCUCUCAACACUCACUCGCUCUCAAGCCGCCAUGGUGAAGAAACGUCUGGACAACUACACUCAAACCCUACGCAAAAGAAACAAGCAGCCCAUACGCCAUGUCCGGGAUGUCUUCUCCACGGCUGACACAUCGUCUGCUGAACCAACUCCCACAGUGUCCCCAAAUGGCACAAUUACACCGAUACUGCCCCAUUGGACACCUCCCAAAGGUCACCAGUCAUGCCCAGUGUUCCCCCCUGUGGCGAGCAGCAUGUCAGAGUGUCAGCUGGAGCCGAAUAUCUUGUCCUUUGAAGUGCCGUACUCGGAGGGAGUGACGGCUCAUCGGAAAGGCCGCGACUGCCUCGACUGCCAGAGGAUCUGGAAAGGAGACAAGGAUUUACCAACAUUUCAGAUAGUGAAGCCUAAGCAGGGCCUGACCAGAGUGCAAGACCUGUCCUCAGAAGACAUCAAGAAGAUCGGCUAUAUCAGUCUGAUAGAGCUGACCACGUUUUACGAUGCCCUGGGCAUUGAGCUGAAGAGGAACCGGGAAGUUCGUAGCAAGGUGCGGGAAACUGGCAUAUUUGGAGUUCCCCUGGCUACGCUGUUGGAAAAUGACCAAAAGAAAUUUCCUGGCUCUAAAGUUCCUCUUGUUUUCAAAAAGCUGUUGUCAAAGUUGGAGCAGACAGGGCUGCAGACGGAAGGAAUUCUCAGGGUUCCUGGCUCCGCCUCUAGAGUAAAGCACUUGCGCCAGGAGCUGGAGGCGAAGUUUUAUGACGACAGUUUCGACUGGGAGCAGGUGAGACAAAACGAUGCAGCCGGUCUGCUAAAGAUGUUCAUCAGAGAGCUGCCGUACCCUCUGCUCACACUGCAGCACCUGCCUGCCUUCACCGCCGCACAAAAUAUCGCAUCACACAAACACCAACUGCAGGCUCUGCACCUCCUCGUCCUGCUCCUUCCCGAAGCUAACAGAGACACGCUGAAGGCUCUGCUGGAGUUUCUGAGGAAGGUCGUGGCAUACGAGGAGAAGAACCGCAUGAGUCUGUGGAACGUCUCCAUGAUAGUGGCCCCGAAUCUGUUCACGUUUAGGGGGAAGAAGGCCAAGCAGGAGGAGAUGCAGGGAGCAGCAGGUGCAGCUCACCUGGUCCGCCUUCUCAUCGUCCACCAGGACCUCCUGUGGACGGUGCCUUGUUUCCUCAUCUCGCACGUGCGGAAAAUGAACGACGCUUCCAUGAGUAAGAAGACUCCCAGCUCAGAGAAGACGAAAAGGAGGCUGCUGAGGAGACGCAACACCGACAGAGAAAAAGAAAGGAGUGAGCUCACUGACCUUCGUGAAGGGGUCAUCAGGGUGCAGGCACCACUACAUGCCAAGAUCUCCAUGGCGAUCCAGCUGGACAGUAAGACGAAGGCUCGGGAUGUGAUGGCACGGUUUGAUUUCGAGAACGGGCAAACGUCUCGAAACAGCAGCAGAAAACAGAAGCAUUAUUUGUUCGAGGUUGGAGGGAAUAUAGGGGAGCGCUGCCUUGAUCCGGACACUCACUUGCUGGAGGUGUACCGUGUGAAUCCUCACUGUGAAUGGGUCCUGAAGUCCAGAACAACCUGAGCAUAUUUCAGCUGCAGCAAGAGAUCAAGAAACAAAACAAAACGAAAACAAAAAAGACGCUACAGCUGGCUCUCCUUUGUGCUCAUUUCAGGAUAUGGGUCAUGAAAACAGGAGAUUGAAGAAGCUGCCCCCUCUUUCCAAAACACUUAAAAAACAAGUUUUCAACAAUGGAGCGGAGACAACCUCGCUUUCCCCUUUUUCAGAUAUUUCGAAGGAUUUUGAUUUAUCCUUCAAGUCUUUGCGUGGAAAGCUGGAUUUGAGACAGGCGCUCUCCAGAAAGAGGGCUUUGCUUGUUUGUUUGGGGUUUUUUUUUGCCCCUUCACGGCUUGCGUCACACAGUAUGAACAAUGCAAUGCUGGCCAUUGAGAUUGUUUGAUGCCAGAAAUGUGGGCUUUUAUUGAUUUAAGGCCACUGUUGAAGCAUGUUUUCCCAAUGCCUACAAGGCCUCAAGUGUAAAAAAAAAGAAAAGAAGCAUGUACAUAUAUUAUUUAUACCACUAAUUUAUCCAGGUAUCUUGAGAUUUUACCACGUAAACCAUAGCUGGUUUUGUAUUACUUGCAUACACUGACUGCAUGCUUGCGAUUUAAGCCAUCUGAACUUUAUGAUUAGGUACAGUUAUGCAUACCGAUCAUAUAGUUAGCGUUAUUUUACCAAGUGAACCUUUAAAUGCCAAUUCACAAUGCGCUUGAUGUGGAUUCAGUAGCUGUGCUGCAUGAAACCCUAACAGGCUCUAGUGACUGCAGGAUGCCUGUUUUUAAGCACUACAUUAUGAAAAAGUGUUGCACAGUAACCCAUGGACUGUGAAUUUUUACAAUGCAAAUGAGACUCUCGACUGUCCGGUGACCAAGCUGUAGCGGAGAGUUAAUAAAUAUGCGGUCAAACAGGCUCGCUGUGGAGCGUUGGGUUUCUGUGCCGGAGCUGAGGAUCGCCUGAACGAGCUGAUAAGGACUGGUUUUACAUUGCGCUCUGGGCCGGGUUUCCACUUUAACCUAAUCCCAAAUGCCUGUUUAGAGUUUGGCCCAAAGUGCUGCUCACUCUGUAUCCGGUUAGGCCAGCCGUACAUCUCGCCUCUGCUCGCUGCCAACACUAUGAUCACUGUUACUCCUAACACUAAGUAUUGUAAAAGAUGAACUCAUCAUUACUCUAGUAACUGGUUCUCUUUUUGUAAAAAGACUUUUUUUUUUUGUAAACUGUAAUGUACUCGACUGUGGUAUAUUUUUAUUUUGUUUUUGUAUUAACAUGAUUUCACACUGCCAACUCUGACUUGGGGUUUUUUGUUGUUGUUGUUGUUGUUGUAUACUGCCUCAGUAUCACUUCACAGUCCAGUAUUAACCACUAACAAGCACCUCAUCUGUACUGAUAAAAGACAAAAGAUAAAAGAACAGAAACUCAUACGGGAAGUCUAAAGGGAGUUGCUGAACUGCAUCCAUAAAUGUAAUUCAGAUAUUUGACUAUUCUGUAUAAUAUACUUUAGAAGCUAUGACUUUUGUAGCCUAACAGUACGGUAUCAGGAUAUUAACAGUCUUAUAAACUGUGUUUAUAUUUAUAUAUAUAUAUAUAUAUAUAUAUAUAUAUAUAUAUAUAUAUAUAUAUAUAUAUAUAUAUAUAUAUAUAUAUAUAAAAUGCUGUUUUAUAAAAUAUAUAUGCUGUUUUAUAAAUAUUUUGUGCUCUUAAUACAUGCCCAAGUAGAACCCAGGCACCUUGUAUCUAAAGCCUAAAAAUACAACUAAAUGUUUACUUCUUAAUAUACAAACCACAAAUUCUUUCCUCUGAAGUAGUUCUUUACAUCCUUUUAGAAAUCUGAAGUUAAAUAAUGCAUAAAUAAACCACAUUCUGAAGCCUUUUAUUCCUCUUAAAUCUCAACAAUUUGCCAACAAUUAAAUUUUUUAUUAAUAAAAGUACAGUUCAUGUU